AUCAUCAGACUUUAACAGGUAGAAAGGACCAAAAGGAAAGGAUACUAAAGCCAAAGGUUAUUAGAUCAACUUACACAUUCGCAAUAUAUCUUCUGCAAAGCAAUAAAAUUGCUAGAAACUUAAAAAGACACACAUAAUAUAAAUUAUUUAGCACCUUAAAAAAGAAUAUCAUAUUCAUUUCAACAUUAAACUGGGAUUAUACAGCUGAAAGGAAAAAGGGACAAAAACUCUGGUGUUAACAAAAAUAAUCCUAUUUAAAGGAAGCGGAAUAUUUUAACGCCACUAAUCGAGUCAAUGAAUUAAGAGUGAUAGGACAUAAGAACGGAAGUAGAAGACAAACUCUCAAAAAUAUGGCAGCCCCCAUGCACUUUCGAAAGCGACAGCUUCUGGAGUAUCAGAUUCAAGCAAAUACAACACCACAAUCAAAUGCACAACAAUCAGACGUAAACGAAUUAAACGUCAACUUAAUCAAUGAACCUCUUAUAACCUUCGAAUAUCCCCCAUCGCCAUCAUCAAUGGGAUCAGAGAAAUCAACACCUACAAAAUAUGAUAACACUCCUCCCAGAGUUAAUUUCUCUGAUACAAACGAAUAUUCAACUGAGCAAAUGCAAAUUUUAGCCAAAAACACUGUAGCACUACUGGAAAUGGAAAAUUUAUCACCAAAAUCGACCAAAGAUGCUCAGAAACUAACAGAAAUUGCAGAAUCUCUAACAGCACUUGAAAACUUUUCACAUAACCCAAACGUUCAUUUUAAUAACUAUCAAAAAGGAUUUACCUAUGACGCUUCAACUCUAAUUCAUUUUGCUUACAAUCUCAAACAAACAAUUGAAGAAUAUAUUAAACAUGAAAUAUCGAACGCUUCAGCUAACAAAGCAUCACUAUCAACCCUCAUCUUGGCCAAAUUAAAUCAACUGAGAGUAAAUGCUCUACUUAAACCAAAAAAAUGUGUAGAACAGUUGCCAUUCGAUCGGUCUCAUUGCCCACCUAAUCAAGAAUCAGAGUUAGUGCCCGAGGAUUUGUCGUUGAAACGAAAAGAGCAUGAUUACCAAUCUAGCUAUGACGAACCAACAUCAGAAAUGGACUACGAGGAGUCAAAUCUCGUAAUAGAUGAAUCCUAUGUUGAAAUUCUCACUGACGAUGAUGACAACAAUCAUGAAAUAACAAUAGUUGAAAAAAGUAAAUCCAAAAAACGAUACACAAGGCAAGGACUGCAGCAAAUAGCAACUCGAAUUUCUGGAAUCUUUUCAUUUAUAAAUCGAACCCAAACACGAAUGGAAGAACUCAUGAGAAGAGGCAUAAAUGUGUAUGAAAAAUCAACACAUUCUUCAAAAAAAUCUAAGAAAAAAUCCAAAAAAUCUUCAAAAUCAUUAUCUAACACCCAAGUGUCAAAAAGUGUACCCAAUAGUAAUACACAACUUAAGCCAUUCAACAGACUAACGGAAAUUUCUACCCCAGCGGAGACAUCGGUACAAAAAUACCUGCCAAGUAGUAAUGGAAACAGACCUUUGCCCAUAUACAAACCAAAACCAUGGACCAAUGGGUUGGGUGAUGAUAAAAAAUACAAUAAAAAUUAUCCAAUCCCAUGUCCUUAUGAUGACUCCAGACUCAUCAUCGGACCCAAUGGAACAACAAUUUUGAAAACCGAAUGGGCUAAGGUCGAUUGGGAGCAAACACCACCAGCGAUAACAAGAAAAAUCCUCAUGACCCUAUUUGAUCGGGACUUUUUAGCAACACAUAGCCUAACAGGCAGACCAUCGCCGGCUUUCUUAGAUCUUAACUAUCCGGAGAAGAAACCAUUGGACACAAAAAUAGUUGCCGAUUUGGUUGAUCUAGUAACGAGUCGAACAAUUGCCACUGCAAAAGAAGUUCGAAUGGCCAUAACAACAAAAUGUGCGGAUGAGUCUAAAAUGCGACGAUGCCGCGAAACGAGGCUAUUAAAACAAAAUGAGAAUAUAAGAAUCAGACCGUAUUGAGUCUAAAGAGUUUAUUUGUAAAGCUACCCAGUAAAAUUUUUCCACAGGGAAAAUAAAUAUUAAUGUUGUAAAUGAAA